CGUGGGUGCGCGGUGCAUUGUGGGCCACCUGACGCCCAGUGCACGACACUUGCCCCCCUCCCCCUCGUACGGCCAUGGACUUUGCGGAAGGAGAGAUGCAGAACCCUCCGUCUGAGGACGUAGAGAUGGGGCAGGACGAGGACGAGGAGGACAGUUCUUCGUCUGACAGUGACGAUGAGACCACACGGCAGUUAGAGGCGAAGGUGAGCGGUAACCCCUAUGACUACAGCAGCCAUGUGGAGCUGAUCAGGGCCCUGAGGAGGGAGGGAGAGCUGGAGGACGUACGACAGGCCAGGGAGAGGAUGAGCAAGUUCUUCCCAUUAACAGAAGAGCUGUGGUUGGAAUGGCUGACAGAUGAGAUGAAGCUUGACUCUGGUCGACAGAACCGAACAGGAAUAAACCAGCUGUUUGAGAGGGCAGUGAAAGACUACCUCUGUGCGGAUGUAUGGUUGGAGUAUAUCCAGUACUGUAUCGGAGGGAUGGAGGAUGGGCUGGAGCCUGUGCGAGCGGUGUGUGAGAAGGCACUGACUGCGGGCGGGUUACACGUCUCCAAGGGAACCAUGCUCUGGGACGUGUACAGGGAGUUCGAGAAUGCUGUUCUUGCAGGAAUGCAGCCAGACCCAGGGUCCAUCUGUACAGGAGACCAGGAGGAGAAGAUCCAGGCCCAGAUCAGCAGGAUCAACUCUAUCUUCAGGAGGCAACUGUCCGUCCCUCUCCUGGGUAUGGAUGGUACAUAUCUGGAGUAUGAAGAGUUCCAGACAGGACCGGUGGAUGCCACAGUGAAGCAGGUGUACCAGAAGGCAUGCGAGAAGCUAGACAAGUAUAAACCCUUUGAAGAGUCAUUGACGAGUGCUACAGCCCCACGGCUGCAGGAGUAUCUGGCAUACAUUGAUUACGAGCUCGCUGAAGAUGAACCAACCAGGAUCCAGUGUAUCUUUGAGAGAGCACUUCAGGAGAACCCUCUGGUGGUGGAGCUGUGGACUAAAUACACCCACUACCUGGACACCAAGCUCAGAAUACCACACAUCGUGCUGUCCGCCCACGAGCGUGCCACCAGAAACUGUCCCUGGGCUGCUAUCCUCUGGCAAGGCUACCUUUUGGCCCUGGAGAGACAUAGACAGCCAAAGGAGAAAAUAAAGGAGGUGAUGGACACUGCCUUGCCUGCUGGUUUCCCUCAAGCCUCAGACUAUGUUAGUCUGUGGCAGACGUACUGUGACUACCACCGCAGGAGAGUAGACUGGACAAAAGAUGCUGAGUCCUCAGGUAUUGAUGCACUAAGGUCCACCUAUCAACAAGCUGUGGACUACUGCAGAGACAGCCUGCAGCAAUACUUUGGUGAGACUGGUGACCCACAGUGCACCUUACAACGAACCUGGGCAAGACUAGAGGCCAAGUACAACAAGAAUAUGGGAAAAGCAAGGGAACUAUGGGAUGGCAUCAUGGCGGAGGGCCAUGGGAGGGAGGCUCAGAUGUGGCUGGAGUAUGCAGAGCUGGAAAGAUCCUAUGGCGAUGUUGAGCGCAGCAGGAAAGUGCUGCAGAAGGCCGUCAGUAAGGCCAGCGACUGGCCAGAGUCGGUCUGUGAGGCACUCAUCAACUUUGAAAGGGAAGAAGGUACACUUGAAACAUACGACAACACUGUUGCAAGAUGUGAGGCUCAGCUGAAGAGAGUGCAGGAGAGAAGAGCCAAGCAAGCAGAAAAGGAGCUGGUGGCAGCCCAGGCAGAGGAACAGAAAGCUGAAGCCAGGAAGAAGAACAGGGCUGAGAAGAAGUCUGCCAAGAAACAGGAGAUGAAGCAAGGACAGAAGAGAAAGUUGGAUAAUCAGACAUUUGUGAAGUCAGGAGACUCUCUUCACACAGUCGGGUCAUCAGUGGAUGAGGAGGGGUUCAAAGUACCGGGCCUGCCGGCGCCCAAGACUGGGAACUUCAAGGCACCUGAAGAGCCUCCUGUCAAAAGGGUCAAAGGCGAUGAGCCAGAGGAGGUGCCAUUUUCCGCAGCAUGGCAGUCCAUCCACGAGGCCACGAUCCCGCCCGUCCCCUCCUCUACAGGAGAUGUACCAGUCCACGACCCCGACAGGGAGAGGAGGUCGGUGUUUGUCAGUAACCUGAGCUACAGCCUGCACAACCCUCAGGACAAGAUGAGAGAGGUCUUCUCAGAGUGUGGAGAAGUAGCAGAUGUGAGACUGGCCUUCACCAGCAAGAAGAAGUUCCGUGGAUUCUGUUAUGUGGAGUUCAAGGAGGAGUCUGCUGCUGUGAAGGCUCUCGGGUUUGACCACAAAGAGGUGGAAGGGCGCCCCCUGUUUGUUUCCCCCUGUAUCGACAAGAGGAAGGGAGACAAGUUCCAUGGGUUUCAGUAUGCAACCAAGCUGGAGAAAAACAAGUUGUUUGUGUCCAACCUGCCAUACACCGUGACCAAGGAGGCCCUGGAAAACAUCUUCAAACAGCAUGGUCCAUUGCGAGGUGUGAGGAUGGUGACCUAUAGGUCGGGUAAGCCAAAAGGACUGGCUUAUGUGGAGUAUGAGGACGAGCAAACAGCCAGCCAGGCAGUACUGAAGACAGACGGGCUGAUGAUAGGAGACAGGAAGAUCCAAGUGGCCGUCAGUAACCCCCCCACACGGAGAGGGGGACCCCAUGGGGAGGGUGUGGACGACAGGCUAAGUAGGUCCGACAACAAGGAGUCCCAGUACAGAGGGAAGGGUCGCACGCAGCUGUCUCUCCUUCCACGGUCUCUCCACAAACCCACAACUUCAUCAGCAAGUACAUCCAAACCUCCUGCAGGCAGCAAUGGGACCACAGCAGAUCAACCAGCUACAUCAGGACAACCAACAACUACACAGGAACCAGUUAAACAGGGUGCCAAGAGGCUCACCAAUGCAGACUUUGCCAAAAUGUUCUUCAAGAAGUAGGAAUUAAGUCAUAGAUGGUAUAUGUACCAGAAAGGCAGCUCCAAUACAAAAGUAGACCAGUCAUUCCUUACAAUAUAGCCCAGCACUGAAAAUGUUUGCUGUUUUUUUUUUUAAAUUUCAGUGUUAAGUUUUACCCCACAGUGGGUAAUCAGACAAUAAUGGAAUGCUAGUACAUGUAUACAUGUACCCUUUUCAUGUACAUGUGAUGAUUGUAGUCUAGUUUUCUCAAAAACAGUGAAGAUAGUCAGUAGAUAACUUGCCAUGUACUUAAAAAUCCCUUUUGAAGAUAAUUGUGAUAUCUUUUGUAAUUUGUUGUCUGAUUUGAAGAUAAGUUUCAAAAUCCACAUUGACCACAAUAGGGUUUCAUGUCUAAUUAGGGUUGUAAUACAUUAAUGGAUAUACCAUAUGCCCCAUACCCUUUUUGUCAAACUUUGUAACCUCACUGGGUUUUUGAUAAAUGUGUACUGGUCAUAUUAGCCAUGCACCAUAGAGAAUUGUCAAAAUAAAUAUAUUGAUUGAGGCACUCCACAAGAGAUGAAAUU